AAUUCAUCAACUCACCAAAAAAGUGAAACAAAAAAGCUAUAUAUUGGUAUCCAAUUGAAACCUCACAUUAUAAUAUUUUUUGAGAAAUUGUUAAUAAUGGAGGAGAGAGGAGAUAUGAAACUUCUAGGCACAAAAGAAAGUCUAUUUACUCAAAGAAUAGUGUGGGCACUUAAGCUAAAAGGUAUUGACUAUGCAUUUAUAGAGCAGGAUUUAUCUAGCAGGAAUAGUCCAUUGUUUGUGGAACUUAAUCCAGUGUAUAAGAAGGUGCCUGUUAUUGUUCAUGCUGGAAAAUCAUUGUGUGAGUCACUUGUUAUUCUUGAGUACAUUGAAGAGACAUGGCCAUAUAAUCCUCUUUUCCCUAUUGAUCCUUUUCAAAGAGCUUCUGCUCGUUUUUGGGCUCGAUUCAUCGAUGGCGAGUUCUAUGAAGCAGCCAAGAAGGCAUUUUUCUCCUCUGGAGAAGCCAAAGCAGAGGGGGUUGAAUCAGUGGAAGAGGGAUUACGUCUCCUUGAAGGGCAGAUAAUUGGGAAAAAGUUUUUUGGUGGGGAGAAAAUAGGGUACCUUCACAUAGUAGCUGGUUGGAUUUCUUACUGGUUCCAAUAUAUACAAGAAGUUGGUGAAUUCAAAGCAAUGGAUUCAAGAAAAUAUCCUUGUCUACAUGCAUGGAUCAACAAUUUUAUUCAAGUCCCUAUUAUUCAACAAAGUCUUGCUAAGCCUGAUGAUGUCAAAGCUGUUUUCGGGGGAUUUAAAGAUGCUGCAGCCUUGGCUGGUGCAAAUUGAAAAGAUUUAAGAGGUGUUUGAUACGAUGAAAGUUACUAUUUUCUUAAAAAAUGUUUAGAUGCAAAAGUAUCCAAUUGGUAUAUUUUUCGAGUUGUAUAAAUGUCCAAUAGAAAUAAGUUUGAGUUCUAAUGUCAAAGUGAAAGAUGCGGACAAGUUUGGGGGCCGCUUAUGACUUAAACAUAUUAUAAUAGAUGAAAUUUUAAUAUUUCAACGCGA